AUGCCUCACUUUGGACCAAAAUUGGUUUGCCGCCAAUUCCUCCAACGCCUCCAACAAAUCCAACUCCUCCCGCUCUCGGCCGUUUGCUAUUUUUUUGGUAUCACCCUCCAGGGAUUCGCUCUCCGUCUGGGCCGCUAUGCGGUGAUGCUCUCGGCCAAGGGCCAGCAAUGCGGAGCGGCGAGAUCGUACAUUGGAGUGUUCUUGUUGUGCUUCGCUGCUCCUUCGCUGGUUCUAACUGGCUGGAUAAUCAGCCAAAUGGAGGACCUGAAGGCCUCCUUUGCUCUAGGAGUCAGUCCUGAUGCUUUGGCUGUCAGUGGUCAGGACUACCAUGCAGUUGGGGACACGGCCUGGCGUGACAUCAUAAGCAAAAGCGCACACGAUGGCGAUUGCGAUUGCUACCCCGAGCUUGAUGAAAAUUACAACAUAUGGACGAUCAAGAUGCUAAUGGCAAUUAUUUCCGUUCAGUUUGUUUCCUCUCGCGGCAAUGAGUACUUUUGUGAAAUCGAUGAGGAUUACCUGACCGAUCGUUUCAACCUCACUGGCCUGAACACUGAGGUUUCCUACUACCAAUAUGCUCUUGACCUUGUGACCGAUGUUUUCGACCUCGAUGCCGACGAUGACCUCCGCGAGCAAAUCGAAAAGUCGGCUCGUCACCUUUACGGCUUGGUCCAUGCUCGGUACAUCGUGACCACUCGCGGCCUUGCUAAAAUGCUUGAGAAGUACAAGAAGAGCGACUUCGGCAAAUGCCCUCGUGUGAUGUGCGAAGGCCAUGCUUUGUUGCCAGUGGGCCAGUCCGACAUUCCCAACCAGAGCACUGUCAAAUUGUACUGCCCUAAGUGUGAAGAUAUUUACAACCCCAAGUCUUCCCGCCACGCAUCUAUCGACGGUGCUUACUUCGGUACCUCUUUCCACUCUAUCUUGUUCCAGGUGUACCCUGCUCUCAAUCCUGAGAAGAGCGCCCGCCGUUACGAGCCCCGGAUUUAUGGCUUCAAGGUGCACGCCGCAGCUGCGCUCGCUCGCUACCAGGACCUCAACCGCGAGGAUCUGAAGUGGCGUCUAUCCGCGGCUGGCAUCAACCACAAAUUUGUCGAGGACAGUGACAGUGAUGAGGAUGCUUUUGAAUACGACGAGGAAGCCCAAGCUGCUGAGCCAGCCAAGGCCGAGCGGGUCAUCGGUGACGCCGCAUCUGGUCGCAUGGAUGUCGAGAAGUGA